UCCAGUCUAACCUGCCAAACUGUCCACCUCACCACACGGGAAGCAGCAAAGGCUGUGCUUGGCAUGAACAUGGGCUCUCUCAGCACCACCAACGUUGAAUUUUGUUUCGAUGUGUUCAAAGAGCUGAGCUGUAACAAUGCAGGACAGAACGUCUUCUUUUCUCCACUGAGUCUGUUCUAUGCUCUCAACAUGAUCCUGCUUGGCGCCAGAGGCAAGUGUGCACAGCAAGUUGAAAAGGUGCUUCACUAUCAUCAUUCUGCAGAGUUCUUAAGACCAAGGCUGAAGGACUCAUUGGAGUGCAGACAAGCCGGAAGGAUGCAUUCAGAGCUUGGAGAUCUCCUCUCUCAAAUCAACCGGCCACACUCUAACUAUACCCUCAGCAUUGCUAACAGACUCUACGGGACAAAGGCCGUAGAAUUCCACCAGCAAUAUUUAAGCUGCUCUGAGAAACUGUACCAAGCCAGGCUGCAAAGUGUCGAUUUUGGAGAGUCCGUAGAAGAAACGAGGAAAUCUAUUAAUGCCUGGGUUGAAAGUAAAACAAAUGGAAAAGUAAAAAACCUCUUUGGAGAAGGCACCAUUGACCCUUCCUCGGUAAUGGUCCUAGUGAGUGCUAUAUAUUACAAAGGACAAUGGCAAAAUAAAUUUCAGGAAAAAGAGACCACGAAAACCCCAUUUCAGCUAAGUGCGGGUAACAGUGUGAUGGUGGACAUGAUGUACCAAACUGGAACAUUCAAAAUGGCCUCAAUAAAGAAGCCACCGAUGCAAGUUCUUGAGCUGCCGUAUGGUAACAGCAAACUCAGCAUGGUUAUUCUGCUCCCAGUAGGCACAGCAGAUCUAGACCAGAUAGAAAAGCAGCUGACCGCCAGGACGUUCCGGGAAUGGACGAGCUCUCCCCACAUGGUGGAACGCGAGGUGGAAGUGCACCUCCCCAGAUUCAAACUGGCCAACAAGUACGAGUUGAACUCCCUGCUGAAAGCCCUGGGCAUGACAGACAUCUUCAACGAGGCCAAAGCCGAUUUCUCGGGAAUGUCACCGGACAAAGGCCUGUUCUUGUCCAAGGUCGUCCACAAGGCUUACGUGGAGGUCAACGAAGAGGGCACCGAGGCCGCCGCAGCCACCGGGGAGAGCGUGGCUGUGAAGAGACUCCCCAUCCGAGAUCGCUUCGUGGCCAACCAUCCCUUCCUCUUCCUCAUCACGGACAUCUCCACUGGAGUGAUUUUCUUCUUGGGCAAGCUCGCCUCUCCCUAAGCAGAGGGGAAGAGGGGACUCCGCAUCCCAGAGGAGGGGCAUUUGGGGACCCAGAGAACGGCAGGUCACACUCGUCCCGCCCACCUCUGGGCCUCCGUUUCCUCAGGUGUAGCACAGCCCUGUGAUCUCUUCCAAAUCCUCCUGUUAGCUGUUGAGCGGAGGCCCGUGGCUCUCAUGGGAGAAAGGCACGGCCGUACAAAGCCUUUUCUUGACUUCUGCAUCUUGGGAGUUUCGUUUGUCAAGUGCUGUGCGGGCCACACAAUGGAGUGAACGAGGAAACGUUGACAGGAUUGCAUUCUCCUGACUUGCGUGCAUCGGGGACAGGAUGUGUGACUAUCCGCUCUGCCCACCGAAAACCAAGUUAGUGGCUUCUGUUUAGUUGGAUUUUUAAAGAUUGUGU